AUGCUUGUGAUCAAAUCAACUCGUCCACGUUUUCGCAACAACCACGACAAGGUCGCCUUCGUAGUCCAUGCUACAUUCGUCGUCUCCGGUUACAAACUCGUCGCAAUCGGACGUCAUGCAUUGGCUACGCUCUCGCUUCCUCUCCUACUCGAGUGUUUAGCGAUAGGUGAUAAACUUCUUGUUGAUGCCAUUGCUGUGGGUGGAACGUAUCCUACUGCUCAUCUUGAGAUAAAUUCCAAGAGAAACAGAGAGCCUGAGCCUGUACAUUACGCUCGAAGGCCUUUUCCGUUAGGACCUCAGUUUCAUCAACCCUCAGGGUAA